AUGAACUCGGACAACGAUUAUAACUCGCAGAUCUUGCUCGAAACUCCCCCUCCGUCGCCCACACAGCGCAUUGGUCUUUCCACCCCAAGUACUGUGGCCUAUGCGCUUCCAACGAUCACUCCCACACGAAAACGACGUCGGGAACAGACUAAACGACUCCCGAGGGCUGUUAAGCCCAUUCCGGCCCUGAAUCUCGAGGUCCUCGAUGAACCGGCAUGGACAAAAGAGUCGGCUGGAUUGCCUUUUGAAAUGGGGACGCCAGAAACGAUGAUAGAGACGGUUGACUUUGCGGAUAUAGAGGCUGGUGUGACUGGAACUGCCCUCGAAGAAGGAGCUGCAGGAGCUGGGAUCGAUGCUGAAGACGGGUACGGGGCUUUCUGUGCGCACAUUCAAGAAGAAGGCGGCGCGUUCUACCAGAUUGGAUCUGAGCUAUUUGUCGUCAAUGGGUGGGAAAUUUCCACUAAAAGUUCGAAGACCUCGGUUUGGUAUCACCUUCAACGUUCACUUAUUGGUGGCACCCAGGUGAUCGUCUGCCGUUGCCCAUCCUCUAAACCCGACUACCGAUGUGUUCAUGAACGAUUCCUUUGUGAUUAUGGGGAGGAACUCUUUCCCGUCGAUGUGUUCUUCAAGGAACGAGAUGCGGAUAUGGCAGUGCUUUUCUCGCGAUACGAGACCGGUGAUGGUAUCUACCUCAACCACUUCUCUGCUCAGUCCUCCAACUCGCGUUCACUUUCUGGCCGAGUCAUCAUCCAAUAUCAAGGCAAUGAAGGCUCUACUGGCUCGUGGAAAUGCCCCAAGGACUCGUUUCUCUGUGCGCACAUUCAAGCCUGUCAGGCUGUUCUCACACGAUUCGGCUCCAACACAGAUGGCUUUGCCUCUGAUGAGCUAGAGGGAACCGGAGCAGUCGAAACUUUUGUUGAUUAUCAAGUAACUCGCCAACGUCGGUCCGCACGGGAGAUCAAAGCUGUCUCGCACUUGCCCGUCCUCCCUCCAAUUUGGGCAUCGUUACCCACCGACCCUGUUCUUUACCAGCGACCGGCUCCUCUUGUUACUAAGCCGGAUACACUUGUUUUGUCAGAAUCAUCAACGUGUGCUUGCUCAGACUUGAGAUACUCAUUUAACCCGUCUCUCCCCAUAUCCGAACGCCCCUGCACAGUUUAUGGGCUCUAUCGCUCGUGGUCUACUGUCAUACAGGUCCAGUCCUGCGGAAAUCCCUCUUGUCACCACCGUCUUGUGGGUCCCGACUGCCGGGAGCUUGGCAUCUUCAACUACAAUAACACUCGAUUGUUUUUGCACGAGCUACUUGAUGAAUAUACGUCUGCCUACACUUCCUCCGAAACCCCAUUCUCGGCAUGGGUUCUUACUCUCGGACGACGAUAUGAGCUGCAUCGACAAGAAGGCGAUGAUUGUGGGGAGCCAUUUCCGAGUGCGGAGGUUUUCCGUGCCGUGUGGUUUCUCUAUGUGAAGCUGCAGUACUUGGAAGGAGAUAUGAUGUGUCCAAAGUGUGGCCCCUCGCCAGAGAACACCAUUUGGGAUGGUGUCACGCUUGCGUUCAAUCGCAAACACCUGCUUCCUAGUUUGGAGCCUCCGACAGUCACUCAAUUGACGUCGGAUGUACGAGAUCGCACAAAAUACAUGCCGAACCAGCAGCUCAUUCCUGAUCGAAAGGCACGGCACGCCAUCCGCAAAGUGAUCACAGGAAGACCGCUUACUUUGUCGGGUUUGAAGAACCUGGAUGCCAAGAUACGGGCAGCAAAAAGAAAGAAUGGGACCCCUGGGGACGAGGAUCCUGAGGAGGGUAGCGAGGAGGAGGAUGACGCCAAUGUUGAGGAUACAAGUGCUCCCAUGUCUCAUGCUCAACGCUCUGCACAGCAAGAGCAGGCAGACUAUCUCUCGCGGAUGUCUGCUAUAUCACAGGCAGUGGAUGGUUUGAAGAAACUGAGCAUCAUUCUUGCCAAGAUGUUCGAAUCUGAGUUCGGAGACACUGCUAUAGCAAGCGAUCAUAUUCCCUCUCAGGUUUAUGUCAGAUUCUUUGCUCAGCUUUCUGCCGAUGAGUCCGCACUGCAAAUGCUUACCUCCACCGGAAUGGAGAAUCUCAACCGGUUCAUUCGCGUGCCAUCCAAGAUUAACAUUUCUCUUCUGUAUGAAACGCCCACCAUUUACGAACUCAUCAAACACGAGAUGUCACUCGGACCACUCACCACGGACACAGUGAAGCUUUGCAAUUGGCUUUUGAUUCGUGGUCAAGAGGUUUUCCAAGAACUUCGAGUAGCAGUCACGCAGCCAGGGUCUACCGACUCUGGACUUCCAACACGUCUGCUUGGAGAAUACCAGGAACAUCCAUGGGCCGAGACAGGUUGCUGUUACGGCUUGCCUAAGAUUCGAGAGCGGCCAGUCUAUCCAAAGCUCAAAUACGACUCGAAGAACGAGGUUGGCGGUAAACGAGGAGCCAAGUGCUCCAAAUUUUACUCACAAUACGGGGAGCGUCGCCUUACUGGAGGUAUCAUGUGUGUGUGGUGCACUCAUAGCGUCUGCUAUGGGUUCCACUGCAUCCCUCGCGGUGAAGGGCGGAAUGAUGUCUUCUCCGCAUUGUUAACACGCUGGGAGAAGGCACCAAAACGUGUGAUCUAUGACUUUGCAUGUGCGCUGGGACCGUAUUGCAUGCUGCGCGAACCAGAGUUCUUUGCCGGCACUCACUUCCUCAUCGACGACUUCCAUGCUUCUGGACAUACCAAGUGUUCGGAAGCCGCCUUCCUCAAGUCUCAUUGUAAUGUGGACCCGCGUCUGGCCUACAUCAACUCUAGUGCAGGAGAGUGCGGCAAUAGCGGACUUUCACGCAUUCGCAAAUCCGUGAGCUAUAUGUCUCAAGCCCGUGCAAUCCUUUACACAAAAGUUUUCCUUUCAAUCUGGAAUCGACAACGGAUUCGAGCGCAGUAG